AGACAGCCUUAAAUUAAAAAAAAAAAAAAAAAAAAAAAAGUUUGGGUAUUCAGACAGCUCUGGAUUAAUUUGAAAACAUAAAGGUAAGCAGGGCAGUUGUUUACUGUCUCUGUUUAAAUGUGCUUGCCGCACUGGACUACAUCGUUUCCUUUAUUGCGACUAUAAGCAGCCCCUCUCCGCCACUAGUAUUAAAAAGAUUAUAUUCCAUGCCCUCCUGUUUUACAGUGAGCCACUUUAGAGGCGAAAGCCGGAGGGAUUUGAAGGCUGACGAGGUGACUGUCUCCUCUGCAGCCUCACCAGGGCUUCAUUUGGCUGGACUGUUAUUUGGCACUGGUGGAUUUUACUGUGCAGGACAGCGCGAGGACAUCAGCAUUUGGUGAUGUUUCUCUUUGUCUUGGUGUGCACUCCUUUUCAUUCCACGUCAGUUUAGGAAGGGAAUGACUACAUAAAGUGGGAACGGAUGACUUAAUUUUAAACCAUGCAUCUUCCAGGCAGACUUGGCUGCUGCCAAAAGUGGAAUAUAUCUUCUCCCUAAAUUAAAUGGAGCAUCUGUUUGGAAUGGUUUCAGAAAGCAUUGCACUUCCUUGAGCAAUUGUGGAUUUAAAAUACCAGGAUAGUUUGGAAUUUACUGGACUUUACGAGUUUAGUUUGGAUUAUGGCUUCGGUGUGGAAAAGGCUGCAACGUGUAGGGAAACAUGCGUCCAAGUUCCAGUUUGUGGCAUCUUACCAGGAGUUGAUGGUGGAAUGCACAAAGAAAUGGCAGCCUGACAAACUAGUCGUGGUCUGGACAAGAAGGAGUCGGAGGAAGUCUUCCAAGGCUCACAGCUGGCAACCUGGAAUCAAAAAUCCAUACCGAGGUGUUGUAGUAUGGCCAGUUCCUGAAAACAUUGAAAUUACUGUCACACUUUUUAAGGACCCUCAUGCUGAAGAGUUUGAAGACAAGGAAUGGACAUUUGUAAUAGAAAAUGAAUCACUUUCUGGGCGAAGGAAGGCACUUGCCACUAGCUGUAUCAACAUGAAACAGUAUGCAAGCCCCAUGCCAACGCAAACUGAUGUAAAGCUGAAAUUCAAGCCAUUGUCUAAAAAAGUGGUAUCUGCUACACUACAGUUCUCAUUGUCGUGUAUUUUCCUGAGGGAGGGAAAAGCCACGGAUGAGGACAUGCAGAGUCUGGCAAGCCUCAUGAGUAUGAAGCAAGCAGACAUUGGAAAUCUGGAUGACUUUGAAGAGGACAAUGAAGAGGAUGAAGAAAACAGAGUCAACCAAGAAGAAAAAGCAGCAAAAAUCACAGAAAUAGUAAACCAGUUGAAUGCUCUGAGCAGCUUAGAUGAAGAUCAAGAUGACUGCCUAAAGCAAGCAAAUAAGCCUUCAGCUAAAUCAGCCAGUUCUUCUGAAGAGCUCAUUAGUAAACUUAACUUGUUGGAGGAUGAGGAGGAGCAGGAACUGACUAACUCAAGUCCAAACGCACUUGAAGACACUUAUGCAGCAGGACUAAAUCCUUUCGAAGAUGCUUAUGAUGAAGAGUCCACUGAGGGGCCACCAUCUUCAAAGGAGGAUGAUCGUUUUUGCAAUAACUACCCUAAUGAUCCUGCAUGUGAAGUUGGGACAGUGCCAUACUCUAAUCCUUUUGAUGAACCAGAAACUGUGUUUGAUAAGGCACAUGAAACUAAAGCAGAGGACUCGAUACCAAAACCAACAAAAAGAAAAAAUACCAGACCUGUAGAUAUGAGCAAAUACCUUUAUGCCGAUACAUCUAAAACUGAAGAGGAAGAACUGGAUGAAUCAAAUCCAUUUUAUGAACCAAAGUCCUCACUUGCUCUUAGUAGUGAAUUUUCUUCAGUUGUUCAACUUGAAGUGGAAAAGAAAGCGAAGAAAAAAGCUCCUGCACCACCAGUUCCUGUAGUGGUACCAGAACCUUUUACAAGUCAAAUUAUCCCUCCUCCUACAACAAAGAAAGAAUGUUCCCCUUCACCUAAGCUGAGUCCAGUCCCAAGUCCUGCCUUGGAGAGGAAACAAAAUGCUAGCCAGUCACUGCUUGUGUGGUGCAGGGAAGCAACAAAGAACUACAGAGGUGUGAAAAUCACUAACUUUACCACGUCGUGGAGGAAUGGCCUAGCCUUUUGUGCGAUACUGAACCACUUCAGACCUGAUCUAAUUGACUACAAGUCUCUAAAUCCUCAAGAUAUUAAAGAGAACAACAAAAAGGCUUAUGAUGGAUUUGCAAGUCUUGGAAUAUCUCGCUUAUUGGAGCCUUCAGAUAUGGUUCUGCUUGCCAUCCCUGAUAAGUUAACUGUUAUGACCUAUCUUUAUCAGAUAAGAGCACAUUUCAGUGGCGAGGAGCUGAAUGUGGUGCAGAUUGAAGAAAAUAGCAGUAAAAGCACAUAUAAAGUUGGUGACUUUGAAACAGACACUAACAGUUGUGUUGGACCGGACACUUUUUAUGCAGAGCUUGGUGAUGUAAAUAGGGAGCCUGAAAUGGAACAUCAAAGCUGUGUACCAACAGACUCUAUUUCUCAGGGUGACUCUACGUUUGCAAAUGACAGCAACACACGUGAGUUAGGGCACUGGACCCCUGAUGAUAGCCGAAGUCUAAACACAGUACCUCCUUCCUUUCAUAGGACUAGCAGUAUCAUUGAUCAGCAGAAAUCACAUGAGAGCACUAUCAAAACUGCUACAUCUGUAAAUAUAGCAAAAAGUGACAGUUCAGACAGAGCACAAACACAGCCUUUGCCAGAUAAAAAGAAACUGUUGAAAGUAGACCCUGUUAACUUAAGUAGCUUGUAUGUUAGUGAUCAGAAGAAGGCCAUGCCACCAAAACUCUUACAGAAGGAAACUGAUGAAGAAGAGCACAAGAGUUUAGACAGUCCUAGUAGAGACAUGGAUCAAGAGAUGCAUAAACAACCAGCUGCCACAGAGAAUCAAAGUCAAGAACUUAACGCCUCAGUCAGAAAAUCUGGAUUCUCUCCUACACAUAAACUUGGUUUUUCUUAUAAUGGAGAUGCAGAUCUUAUCAAGAAAAAACGUGCCUCUUUAAGACACACAGAGGUUGAUGGCUCCUCUGAAUCUGGUGUAGCCAACCAUAUGGAGCAACCUGCAAAACCCACCCAGCAACGAAUUUUGUCAAGGCAGGAAGAACUCAAGGAGCGGGCAAGACUUCUUCUUGAGCAGGCAAGAAGAGAUGCAGCACUGAAAGCCGGAAAUAAACACGUAAAUGCAAACUCUGUCACACCAACUCGCAGCAAACAACCGAAUGAACAGCAAGAUGAAGAGCGACAACGGCAGCUGAGGGAGAGAGCUCGUCAGCUGAUAGCAGAAGCUCGAUCCGGUGUGAAGAUGUCAGAACUCCCCAACUACACUCAAGUGGCUACAGAAAAGUUGAAAGAAAGGUCAAAGACACCUAGAGAAGAGAAUAAGGAAGAUGAUGGUGAUGACCAUAGUAGUGAUGGCGAUAUGGAUGCUGUUGCUGUCGCUACUGCUCUCAAGGAUGAUGAUGAUGGUGGUGGUGGUGGUGGUGGUAGUGGAGGUGGUGGUGCUGAAGUGGGAAUAAUUACUAAUGAGGACACCCAUGAAUGCUCUGUAACAGGAUCCAGAGAUGAGCUUACUAACUUAAAACAUGAUGGUGACAUCCAUGUUGGACAAAACAGUAAAUUAGUUGACUUGAAGCUGAAAAGACUUCUGGAAGCUCAGCCACAAGUGGCCAGUUCCCUGUCCAGUGCUGCACAGAAAGCCAUGGUCGAUGGUCCUGAACACGAACCUAAGCCGAAUGACAUGGAAGAUCGUAAAGCUGAGCGAUUAAGAAAAGCAACAGAGCAUCUUCGAAAUCCUGUGCUGCUCAACAAGGAAUCUACAGUCAGAAAAACACAGCUUCAGUCCUUUAGUCAAUAUGUUGAAAACAGGCCAGAGAUGAAAAGGCAAAGAUCAAUGCAAGAGGAUGCAAAGAAAGGGAAUAAGGAGAAGGCAGCAGCAGCUGAAACUCCAAAGAAGCCACCAGAUGAUGAAGUCCUAAAUAAAGGGUUCAAAGACACCAGUCAAUAUGUUGUAGGAGAAUUGGCAGCCCUGGAGAAUGAGCAGAAGCAAAUUGACACCCGUGCCGCGCUGGUGGAGAAGCGCCUUCGCUAUCUCAUGGACACAGGAAAGAACGUAGAAGAGGAAGAGACACUAAUGCAAGAAUGGUUCAUGCUGGUUAACAAGAGAAAUGCCUUGAUAAGAAGAAUGAACCAGCUGUCACUUUUGGAAAAGGAACAUGAUCUAGAGAGACGUUUUGAACUGCUGAAUCGAGAAUUACGAGCAAUGCUUGCAAUUGAAGACUGGCAGAAGACAGAAGCCCAAAAACGGCGAGAGCAACUUCUUCUUGAUGAACUUGUUAUUCUGGUUAACAAACGGGAUGCACUUGUUAGAGACUUAGAUGCCCAAGAAAAAGAAGCUGAAGAAGAAGACGAACAUUUGGAAAGAACUCUUGAACAAAAUAAAGGGAAAAUGGCUAAGAAAGAAGAGAAGUGCAUCCUUCAGUGAUUAUGGCUGUCUUCUUAAUUGUGUUAUGCUAAUUCACUUACUGUCUUGUUUGAUUUGAGACUAUCAAAUCCCAUAGGUGGAUGUAAGGAUUGAAAACCACAAUUUGAUGUUCAAAUGUACUAAACAAUUUUUAAUAGUGAACACUUUCCACCUUGUACCCCUAUCUUUUCGUAUUUUACAAAAUGUUUUAUACAGUGACUUUUAUUCAUUGUUUUGUGUAUGUAAAAAAUGUAUGAAUGGUUAAAGUUUGCACAGAAAAAUGUUUCAUAAAAAACUCAGGCAUUAUUAUAAUGACAUCAUUUUGCAGAUGUAAAACAUUUUGUAGCCUGAGUUAUUAACAUAUGGAAGAAACCUUAGUUGAUGUGGGAAGAAUCAUAUUGUCUUUCCCAUUUUGAUCACCUUUUAAUGAAUGAAAUGUCCAGUAAAUUAAAAGUUUUACAGCAAAUGGCUUCAUCCCAGACUGCUUUAUGUGAUAUGGUGCUUUAAAAGUUUAAAAUUGUAUCAUCAAGAAAAAAAGUUUUAUGUUGCAAAGUUUUGUUUUAUUUGUUUUACUUUAUUUUAUGGUGUAAUUAUGGUAUAAAUUAAGCAGCUAACAGUCUGCUUAGAAAACUGUAUUUAAAAAUCUUAAAACAGCCAUGUUGUAAAUGAUGAAUGUGUUGAGAUAUAUUAUAGGCUUAUGACUUCCAUUAGUUUAAUUGACCUUGUCCGCAUAAAAAAUAACAGUUUGUUUCAUGGAUAAUUAUUUAUUACACCCAUAAUGUUGUAUUUCAUGUACAAUGUUAAUUUUUAAAUCAUCUGCCAUUUUUGCAUUUCUCAGUGACGUUGCUAUUUAUUUCUGUAUCCAAAAUACUGACUUACUGUUUUGUGAUGCUGUACUAGUUAAACAUUUUACUUCUGGUGCAACUCUAACUAUGUGGAAAUGGUUUACUAUUUAUUCCAAGGUCAUAUAUAUUAAUUUUCAAUAAAAACUGAAUACUUUCA